UUCUUUCUCGCUUCAAAGGCAUUGUAGAUAUAUAAAAGGCAAAUAAGGGGGCGCCUUACAAAAUACCUGUCAAUAGAAAGUUUUUAAUCGCUUGGCGUCUGCUUGGGACCGAUCAAGAAGACUAUUUGUAUUACUAUUCUGUUUAUUAUUAACAUAAAGUGACCGUUUUUGUGCGUCCGUACGAAUAGAAGAAAACAUCUCUGGUUUUCACUGUCUGGCAUUGUCUGCUGUGAAUUUCCGUCGCAAGCAAAGUUUUCCCUGAGACGUGCGUAAAUAUACAAAGUCUGUGUUUGCGACUCGAAAGGAUUUCAUUUCUGCGGUUGGGGGUGAAUUUCGAAAUCGGCUACGAAACUGCGAGACUUUAUUGUACUUUCAGGGUAUUUUGAUCAAAUUAUUGAAGUGGCUAGUUUCGACGAGAGAUUGGUUUAAACUUUGAGUCUACGACGCGUUUGAAGUUCAGUAAUUGACCACGACAAGAUUUGAGUUCGAUUAAACAGUAUUAUUAUUAAAUGUUGCCGCCAUUUGGUAGGCUUACAUAGUUGGGUUAAUUGUUCGAAAAGAAAUGAAGAAUAAUUCGAACGCGUUUUGUGGAUAGUUGAUAUUUGUGGUUAUUGAAGACACAGCGUGCAUUGUAGUGCGAACAGAAGGAAUAGGAUUUAUACCUUGCUAUGGACGUUGCCGAAUCGCCAGGUAAAUCGCGACGACCGACCGGGUCUACGUUAUUACGAAUGAUUAAAAAGCAAGCACAGAAAAGCCCCCACACGCCAAACCUGAGCCGGCAUGCGAGUUUAAACGAACACGGUAACAGCAACAAACGUCGCUCGGCUAUCGUUCGGGCUGACUCCUUCAAGAAAGCCCUUCAUGUCCCUGUCGCUGAAGAUAAUAACACUGGGACUUUGAAAGCCCCCAAGACACAAAAUCGUGAUGUCGAGGAAUUCGAAAGAUAUCACAAGGAUGUGAAAAGCGCUGUUAAAUAUUUCCGAAUCGUAGUCGAAAAGAAAAUCGUGACGAAAGUUCCCGACAAUAUAACAAUUUUGCUCGAGUCUGUUAUACAUAUUGAUGGCAUGCUGGAUUCGUGCCUCAAAUUACAGGCAUCUGCGGGACUCGUGGAAAUGCGAAAAACGAUGCAAGGUUGUAUAUCGAAGCUAGUUAAAUGGGGCGAUGAUGUUUUGAUAAAAUCCGCGACCUCGUUGGAUAUUGAGAAAGGACUAAACCACUUGAACGCUCUGGAAAGGUCCAUACAGGAAUUACAUGAUUCGGCUAUCCCACGUCUUCAGAAAGCGUCUUUGAAUCGUCAAAUCCGUGACUCUGUGUUGCUUCAACAACCCGAAGACGUGUUAUCUACGAAAGGCGAGGUUGUCAAAACAAAAUUAUCAAAGUCACACUCGGAUGGCAGCCUGAAAAGUGUCCUCGAAAAUGGGAAAAAUGGCGCUCUAAGUGCGGAAGAGAAUCGUCGUGACUCCGGUAUAAGCGAACGAAGUGCAUAUAGUGAUAACUCCACCACGAGCGAGUCACCCCCCGUAUCGACCCAUUUCACAGAUUCAGGGACAUGUCUGUCGGAGGCACCUAGUAUUACGAGUGUUGAGGACAGUCCACUAGCUGUACAAGCAUGGUCUCCUGGUAGAUCUCUCCUAGAUGAUGUACCCCCCAGUCCUAUUAGCCCAUAUUCUCCCCUAAGUAUUUCCCCUCGUGAAAUGACCUUCUCAUCGAGCAGUACCUCGUCCAGCUGUAGUCGCACCGUCAGCAAAACUACAACUUACCAACAGUCAACGCAUUUGCAAACAACAGAAUGGAGCAAAAAAACUGAAAAAGUCAUGCAUUAUGUGCAAGAAAGCCAACAAGUGAACCAUAGUUAUCACCAUAGCUCUGAGUCUCGUACGGAAUCUCUCUCUAGUUUUGGCUCAAGCUUAAAUGACCGUGGAAGCAUGGACUUGUCUGAUUCACAAUCAAUAGAGGAACUUGAUGAGGUUCCAGAGCUGAUCGGAUCAAGAUCAACAACAGCUCGGUUUGUAAGUUCAACAGAGAGUACAACCAGUUCAAAGAAAAAAGCACUCCAAGUGUAUAUCCAGGUGCUUGGAGAUUAUAAGAAACCUUCUGAAGAAUACCUUGAACGGACAAUGUCUGUGAACUCGGUUUACGAUAAUUACCAAGAAAUGCGAAACUAUACAGUGGAGAAAAUGGCAAGUGCUCUAGGAGAGACAAGUGGUACAACAUUCAUCACCACCAAAAUGCCAUUAUCACAGAAACAUGACAAAAAACAACCCCUGUCACCCAUGAAUGAUUCCCGAAAGACCAAGUCUUUAGAUUACCGAAGUUUACCAAAAAUGAAGAUAAAGUCACCUAUGAUGCCAGAAAACGAGAAACUAGCACCUCCAGAGUUGGCAAUGUCCCGUACAACAAGUGAGUCCAGUUUGAGUAGUGGUGAUGAGGAAUUGACCCCUCCCUUGGACUCAAUAGACGUAAGUAAAUUUCUGGUAUUCCGUGAGGAAGCAAGUGGAAAGAUACUUUAUGGGGGUGUUGCAGAUGCAUUAAUUGUGCAUGCAACAAAUGCAAGUAAGAAGGACUUUGUAUUCUCCGAAGCAUUUAUUACAACAUAUCGUGCAUACCUAACUCCAGAUCAGCUGAUUAGCAGACUGAUAUAUAGAGGACAUCGAAUGACGGAGAAACAGCAUAAACGUGCAAGUCAUAAUGCAUUUCUGCUGUUGUUGAGAGUCAUUGAUGACUUAGUUGCACCAAUUCCAAAGAAUAUUUUGGAUAUGCUCAUUAAAGAGACACACCAUUUGUUUGCAAAUGGUGAACUGACAUACGGCAAGUGGGUUCGAGAUCGUAUCAUCCCAAAGAGCGAGAUGCAUUAUCACAUGGAUAGCAUCACAUUUACAACUGCAGAAUCGACCGACAAACAUUGCUCAAUAUUUUCAUUUCACAGCGAAGAUAUUGCUAAGCAAUUAACAAUCCAGGAUGCACAAUAUUAUAGCAGGAUUGAAAUCCCAGAGAUUUUGUCAUGGGGAAAAGCACAGAAUGAAGAUUUGGCUCCAAACCUGGCUGCAUUUACAGAGCAUUUUAAUCAAGUAUCCUACUGGUGUCGUACAUACAUCUUAUCCUUUGAGAAAGUUCAUGAUCGCGAGAAAGUCUAUGCUAAGUUCCUUAAGAUCAUGAAGUUCCUGAGAAGGUUUAACAACUUCAAUUCUCUUUUGGCUAUCUACUCAGCACUUGAUUGUUCAGCCAUUCGACGGCUGGAAUUCCCAAAGGUUAGCACCGACAGCUUGGCUCAGUUCUCAUCGCUCAUCGAAAGCGAAGGCUCAUUCAGGAUUUACAGAGCAGCACUUGCUCAGGUGAAACCACCGUGCAUACCGUAUCUGGGCUUGAUCUUGCAAGAUGUGACCUUCACAUACAUGGGAAAUAAGGAUGAGCUUCCUGAUGGUAAAGUGAACUUUUACAAGUGUUGGCAACUCUUUCAGAUGCUGGAAGAAUUCAAAAAGUUCCGAAUCAGCAAGUAUGAGUUUGAAAGGGACCCAAAAAUAAUGGCAUUCUUUGGAGGCUUCCAGAAUUACUUAUCUGAGGAUGAACUUUAUAAUCGCUCACUGGAAUUGAAACCAAGAGCAUAAAGUGAUUGGCGUCCUAGCACCAGGAUGGUAUUUGAGGUACCAAAUUUCUAAUACAUGCAGUUUUACAACUGUUUACAACUUUGAACUAGGAUGAGGCAAUUUUAAACAGAGAGAUAUGGUCAAUUUCGAGUCUGUUAAUGCUCGCAAGUCAUGCAAGAUAAACAAAUUUCCAAAACAGAAACAUAAAGGUUGCUUCAUCCUUUUUUAACCACAUUUUGACAAAGAUUUUAAAGAAUUGAUGCAAUUUACAUACUGUUUUGUACUAUUUAAUUUGCAAAUUUUUAAAAGUUUUAAGGCUUGAAUUAAUGUACAUAGAAACAGAAGUUUGCACUUAUUAAGGUUGAAAUAGAAAUAUGCCUUAUUUAUGAAUAUAGAUUUACAUGGUAUUUUUACAGCAAACCAAUAAGCUAUUGACAGAGACAUUAUGCAGAACAAUUUGAAUUUUUUUAAUGUAAGCUUGUUGAUGAAAUUAUAUGCUUUAUGAUGUACAAAUUUCUUAUUUUUAUACUAGACAUAAAACAGUAAAUUAAAUUAAAAUAGGGACAGAGUUAAAAGUGCAACACAAAUUGUACCAUCUGUUGGAUUUGAUACAUCAGUAUUGAAAUAAAUAUGAUUUGCAUUUUGUGUAAAAUUCACAAGGUGCAUCUGGAUUCAUGGAGUUUUACCAUGUUGGCUCAUCUUGUACAGGCACUUGAAUAUCAAACAAAAAGUGCCUGUACAAAAAUUUUAGCAAUGUAAGCAAGAUUUGCCUAAAAAUGCGGUGCCAUGCAUUGGGUGGUAUAUUUUUUCAUAAUCAUUAAUUGAUGUCAUUGAAAAACGAAUCAGUAUCACAAAAUGAGGUGUCAACACCUGACAUUCAAGAGCUUUUUACACUUGGAGUUUCAAAGACUCCAUUUGCUUGCUGAAAACCAUGGUUUGAAAAAUUGUUUGAGUCUGUCAACUAACAGUUGGAGUUUUCCAAACCUUGCAGACUGAUACAGUAAUAAUCUAAGGGGCUUGUUUCCUGUUAUUUUCCUGAGUAUCAAAAGUUCAGAAUGUUACCAAUGUAAAAGGUACUUAAAGAGUGUACUUUUAAACCCCAUUCAUCCAAAUGAUUUUCGUGUGGAAUGACCAUUGCAAACCAAAUGUUGAUAGGGUAUAUUUUUGUAGAGCGGAUGACACUAAUUUUACAAUUGCCAAUACCCACUAUAAUAUGUCAACUAAACAGUGUUUAAUACUGUUUAUCCAAAAUUUUUGGCACUUACAUAUAAUCGCAUUCCGAAAUUUUGCCUGUGACCUCCUUAACUAGAGGUCAAAACCAAACCUAUAUGAUAGAAUGCUUUACAUUUUUGCAAACAACUUCAUAUCCAACAUCAAGCCAUUCCCCACACGUUCAGGAAAUUGCUUAAAUACUUGCUCAUAUAAACAACUUUAUCCUACUGUGCAUUUCUGUAUACUGUUUCAUUUUUCAGUCUACUCAUUAAACUUGACCAAACUGAUUUGAAACUGAAGUAGAAAUGUAGAAUACCCAUUCGAAGUUAUGACUCCAAUAUUUAUACAUAAUCCACAAAUGCAGAAUGGUGCAAUUUUUCAAAGAAUAUUGUAAUAUAUCUUGUAUGUAUUUC